UACAGAAGGAAACUGGAAAUCUACUUGAACUCUUCCAUCAACUAUGACAAUCCUGGAAUAGCCAGGCAAUACUUCUACCAGUGUUGCACUGAAUUUGGGUUCUUUCAGACCACGGAUUCAAAGAACCAGCCCUUCACUGGGAUGCCUCUCCGUUUUUUUGUUCCACAAUGUUCUGAUUUCUUUGGCCCUCAGUUCAAUUAUGAUUCACUGAACAUGGGUGUUUUGUCCACCAAUGCGCACUAUGGUGGCUUCAACGUGACAGGAAGCAAAAUCAUCUUUUCCAAUGGUUCCUUUGAUCCUUGGCAUGUUCUAGGAAUCACAAAGGAUAUCAGCAAAGAUUUGCCUGCUGUCUUCAUUAAAGGUGGGGUACAUUGUGCAGAUGUGUUCGAACAAAAGGGUACUGAUUCAGCUGAACUAAUUCAAGCACGAGAAAAAAUCUUCCAGAUUCUACGAAAAUGGCUAAAGAAAUAGAUCUCUCUGAGAAAGAAGAGCAACAGAACCUGCAAUCUGGACUCCCAUUUUAUUGCUCAAAUGCUAAAUCUCCUACAAGGGUGAAAUUAGAGCAAUCUCAAAAGCCUAAUUCCUCUCUGUAGGAUUUAGGUUGGUUUUGUUUUCAUGGACUAUCAUCUUGUUCCUCCUUUCUUGGUGACCUUGAGAAGGAGCAGAUCAUCCAGCACACAAGAAAUAAUUACGCUGGAGUACCAGGCACAAAAUUUCAGUUGGUUGUCAGGGGAUGGAAGCUAUACACUCUAUGUUUUCCAGAACAAACUUAUUUCAUCAACUCUUAUUCUUUUCAAUAAAGGCUAUUCAUAACAUGCAAA